AAACUUGUUUGCAAAGAAUAAAAGUAAAAAUAAUAAUUUUGUCCAGUUUCUGCAAAUGUACAUUUUCCAAAAUUAUGACUCUUAAGCAUGGAAUUCAAAGCAUUAGUGAUGAGGGGUGAGGAGGAAGAGGAGGAGGAUGAAGACGACGCAGCCGUGCAGUAUACGAUCCAACAAAGCCUGAUGGACGCCAACAAACACAAGCGAGUCCUCACAAGUUCCACAACAACACACAGCUCUAACGAUGCAGACAGCGUCUCCAUAUUCACCGCAAUAAGGCAAGGCCAGGAGAAGCUGGUGGAGGAGCUGAGCGUCAACCACAAAGACGUUUUCUUCCAAACCGACAGCCGAGGAUGGACGGCCCUCCACGAGGCUUCGGUCCAGAGCAACCAAACCGUCCUGGAGCUCACAUACGCAGCUUCGGGCGAGAACGCCGUGGAGCAUCGGACGGCGCGUGGCGAGACGCCGCUCUUCCUUGCCGUGGCGCGAGGCCUCCUGGACAACGCAGACUUCCUGCUUAGAUGCGGAGCCCCGCCCGAUACGCAGAACCGGGACCAGGAUUCGCCGCUGCUCGUAGCGGUGCGUGACGGCUGCCCGACCCUGGCCGGGCUGCUGCUCCGGAGGGGCGCGGCCGUCGACCUGGCGGGCCCCCACGACCGGCGGCCGCUCCACGAGGCCUCGCGGCUGGGCUCCGUCGAGAUGGCGCGCCUGCUGCUGAAGGCCGGGGCGGCGCCCGACGCCCGCAGUCGCUUCGGGCUGACGCCGCUGGCUCUGGCCGCGCAGGCGGGACACCUGGAGGUGGUCGAGGUCCUCCUCAGGGAAGGAGCGGACGUCCUGUCGCAGGCUCAGGACGACGCGUCCGUGCUGUACGAGUCGUGCGCCAGCGGCGACGCGGCGCUGGUGGCGCUGCUGCUGGAGUACGGCGCCGACGCCAACGUGGCCAAGCAGAGCGGCCACUUGCCCGUGCACCGCGCCGCGCACAGGGGGCACCUGCGAGCCCUGCAGCUGCUGAUUCCGGCAACUUCCACGGAAGACGUUUACAACAGCGGAAUGAGUCCGCUGCACUGCGCGGCCGCCGGGGGCCACGCUCACUGCAUCAAGGCGCUGCUGGACGCGGGCUUCGACCCCAACUUCAUGCUGCACCCGUGCGUGCGGCGCGGCUACGACGACGAAAGGAAGUCGGCGCUCUUCUUCGCCGUGUCCAACAACGACCUGCCGUCGGCGGGCCUCCUGCUGGAGGCCGGCGCCAUGACCAACCAGGACCCCGUCAAGUGUCUGCAGGUGGCCCUGCGCCUCGGCAACUACGACCUGAUCCGCGCGCUGCUGCGAUACGGCGCCAACGUCAACUUUUACUCCCGGAUCAACACCACGCACUUCCCGUCGGCCCUGCAGUACGCGCUCAACGACGAGGUGGUCGUGAGGAUGCUGUGCAACUACGGUUACGACGUGGAGCGAUGCUUCGACUGUCCCUACGGCAACGGAUCGCACGUUCCCGAGGACUACGAAGGCUGGACCAACACCGUCAUCAAAGACACCAUGUUCUGCGAGGUGAUCACGGUGUCGUGGCUCAAGCACCUGUCGGGUCACGUGGUCCGGGUUCUGCUGGACUACGUGGAUCACGUCACCCUGUGCGGCAAACUCAAGGCGGCGGUCAUGGAGCAGCAGCAGUGGGGCGACAUCUGCAGGCUGCAAGAGAACGCCCGCAGCCUGCAGCACCUGUGCCGCCUGCGCAUCCGCGGCUGCCUGGGCCGCCUGCGCCUGCGCUCGCCCGUCUUCAUGAGCUUCCUGCCGCUGCCGCGCCCGCUCAAGGAUUACGUCCUGUACCGCGAGUAUGACCUGCACGGACAACUGGAGAAUGCGCACACGUGAUUCAUCUUUUUUUUUUUUUUUUGCUACAAAACACAUUGAGUCAUGUGGCUAAUUAAAACCCUUAUAUUAAGGCUUUCCAGAUAUGUAAUUAU